GGAGGGGAAGGACAGCGAACGACACGCGGCGCCAUUUUGUGUGUUCCCUGUCGGCGGCAGUUCGCUCGCAAACCUCUGGUAAUUCGGCAAUGGACGGCAUUCUCACUGAUGUUGCAGUUGGCAUAAAGAGGGGAUCUGACGAACUUUCUGGCACCAUUCUCAGCAGCCCAAACUCUACCAUGAGCAGUGUGGUUGUUACUGCAAAUGGGAAUGACAGCAAGAAAUUUAAAGUUGAUGAUAAGAUGCUUGGAGCUCCAUCCCGUGUUCUCCAUAUUAGAAAGCUGCCCACUGAAGUGAUGGAAACGGAGGUCAUAGCUUUGGGCUUGCCAUUUGGAAAAGUUACCAACAUUCUGAUGCUGAAGGGGAAAAACCAGGCUUUUUUGGAAAUGGCUUCUGAAGAGGCAGCUAUCACCAUGGUGAAUUACUAUACUGCUGUAACACCUCACCUUCGGAACCAACCUAUCUACAUUCAGUACUCUAAUCAUAAAGAGUUGAAGACAGACAAUGCUUUAAACCAGCGUGCUCAAGCAGUUCUUCAGGCUGUAACUGCUGUGCAGACUGCAAGUACACCCCUUACUGGAACCACGGCCAGUGAAAGUGCAGUGACACCAGCUCAAAGCCCUGUACUUAGAGUGAUUAUUGACAAUAUGUAUUAUCCAGUUACUCUGGAUGUACUUUACCAGAUUUUUUCCAAGUUCGGACCAGUACUGAAAAUCAUCACUUUUACAAAGAAUAAUCAAUUCCAAGCACUGCUGCAAUAUUCGGAUCCAAUGAAUGCACAACAAGCAAAACUGGCUCUGGAUGGCCAGAACAUUUACAAUGCGUGCUGUACCCUCAGGAUUGAUUUUUCUAAGCUGGUCAAUUUGAAUGUUAAGUACAACAAUGAUAAAAGUCGUGACUAUACCCGUCCAGAUCUUCCUUCAGGAGAUGGCCAGCCAGCUAUGGAUCCUGCUAUUGCUGCAGCGUUUGCUAAGGAAAGCUCCCUUCUUGGUACCCCUGCAGGAAUGAUGUCUGGGCCAUACAGUGGCGGGUCUGGGUUUCCAUCUUCAAUCAGCUUUACACAGUCUGCAGCUGUUCCGGGAUCACUGAGCCCAUUGGCUAUGCCUGGUGCUGCAGCUGCUGCAGCUGCUGCAGGCCGAGUAGCAAUGUCUGGAGUUGCUUCUGCCAACCACAGUGUCCUUCUCGUUAGCAAUCUGAAUGAUGAGAUGGUUACGCCCCAAAGUCUGUUUACCCUCUUCGGUGUUUAUGGUGAUGUGCAACGUGUGAAGAUUUUGUACAAUAAAAAAGACAGUGCUCUGGUGCAAAUGGCUGAUGUUAACCAGGCACAGCUGGCCAUGAGCCAUUUGAAUGGGCAGAAAAUGUAUGGAAAGAUUAUUCGUGUUACCCUGUCCAAACACCAGACAGUACAGUUACCUCGUGAAGGCCUAGAUGACCAGGGAUUGACAAAAGAUUUCACCAAUUCUCCACUCCAUCGUUUCAAAAAACCUGGUUCAAAGAAUUUCCAGAAUAUAUUUCCCCCUUCUGCAACUCUCCAUCUGUCAAAUAUUCCACCUUCUAUUACUGAAGAAGUUCUUAAGACACUUUUUAUAAAAACUGGAGGCAAAGUGAGAGGUUUUAAGUUUUUCCAAGAUCACAAAAUGGCAUUGCUGCAAAUGUGUUCAGUGGAGGAAGCCAUCCAGGCACUGAUUGAUCUUCACAACUAUGAUCUUGGAGAAAACCACCAUCUGAGAGUUUCCUUUUCCAAAUCAACCAUCUGAGAAUGCCCAGAGAGAGAGAGCUGAGAUAAUUGAUUUUGAUUGUGGUUGGAGACUUGUUUCAAGGAGUUGGGACCAGAGUUUAACAAUUCCAGCUGUUGUCAUUCCUUCGUAUAUACAUUUGUGAUACUAAAAUUGGAGGAUGAACAUUCAUUAGAAGGAGCAGAGGAAAUUUAUUCAGCUGCUAAUUGGGAUGAAAAUUAAAAUGUUCUUUAUGUUGAAGCUUUUUAGGGAAUUCAUUUAUUUUUAGUUUUGUGAGAUUUGAAUAAUCUCUGUAUUUUUCUUUAGUAGAAAAAGUCUGAAGAGAAAUGUGCCUUAUCUUAAAAGUUGAAAAACUUCUAUUAAUACAAUUGAAUAUACUAUGGAAGUAACGCUGGGGCCUUCUUUUAGGCACAUGGUUGGAGAAUUUCAGUAAUAGUGAGUAUUGUGUAAAUGUUAGCACUAAGUUGCAGUUUUGCUUGUUGCUGAUUAUACAUUUUGUAGAUGUUUGGAGUUGACAUUGCAAAUUGCUUAUGUGCAUUUAUAUUACCAUCUUUUAGUUUGUAAUUAAGGACUGAAAAUGGCUGUGGACUUUUGAGCAUGUGCAGUCAAGUCUAGUUUAUGAAAUUGUUGUGCAUGUUAUAGAAAGGCAAAAGAGAAAUGCUUCAUUUAAAAAGGAGCAAAAAGAAUAGUUUUGUGGCAGUUUUCUAGAAUGGACAACCAGGUGGGACCAAAGUUUAUGUGCCUUUAGUCUUAAUUUACCUUGCAUUGUAAUAUUCAGUUUUAAUAAACCUCUUCAAGGUAUUUUAUAUUUGAACGGAGACAGACUUUAUAAGCAGUUCUGUAUCUUCAAAAUUAGAGGAAUUGUAUGAGUAGAGUUCAUCACUUGAAGAGAAGUCCAACAAUUGCAGUUGUCAAAUUUAAGUAGUUUACUGGCCAGGAACUUUUUAGAUCUAUGUAUUAGCAUUCGUAUACAUAGACUCUCUGGACUAUGUAGCAAAAAAGUCAUAUAUAUUUUCUAUAUUAGUUACGUUUUUACAUCUUGAUCUGUAGCUAUGUAAAAUCUCAGUAUAGUUUGAAAGAGGCACAAUUAAAGUUAAUUUUCUAACAAAAUUGGGAUGUUUGAUGGUUGUGUUGACUUCUGAUUUUUUUUUUCCCUGUGUACUCUGUUCGCUUGCCUGUAGCAUGCCUAAUAAAUACUUCUGUAGCUCUAUCCACCUCUUCUGUCUUUCUGUACUGCUAUUCCUCACUUCCCUUGUUUGUCUUCACCUCAUUAAGCUUCUGACUUCAUAGUUAAUACUCU